AGUUGGAUGAAAACAAAACAAAAUUUUCUCGUCCGAUUGAUUUACGUGUCGCUUUGCGUAGAACCGAAAUAUUUUUUGUGAUUUUUCAGCAGCAAUCGAGCUUUCGGGAUGGAACCCUCGGUGGACGAUCUGCUGUCCUUCAAGGAGUUCCCGCUGAUACAGGAGGGCAACUCGACCAGCGCCCAGCUGAACAUUGACUCACCGAAGAAGGUUUCCCCGGUGCGGGAGACCGAGUCGCCCCCGGAAGAAGGGGCAGCCACGAAGAGUUCGACCUUUUUCAGCUUUGAGUAUUAUCAAACAUUUUUCGAUGUGGACACGAUGACCGUGGUGGAACGGGUUGUCAACUCAAUUAUUCCCAAGAGGGCACCGACGGACUAUUUGCAGUUGAACAUCGGGACUAGUCCCGAUUUGUACGGUCCAAUUUGGAUCGUGAUAACUUUGAUUUUUACGAUUGCGAUUUCGGGCAACAUGGCCAGUUAUCUGCAGAACGCUGGUGACCAUCACUGGCGGUACAAUUUUCACCUGGUAUCGGUGGCGGCCACGAUCAUCGUUCUGUACACUAGUUUGAUGCCGUUGGCGAUUUGGGCACUGCUCAAGUGGUUCGAUCGGCCAACCGAUCUGGACGAGUCCCCGUACACUCCGAGUUUGCUCUCGCUGGUCUGCCUGUACGGUUACUCGCUGGCCAUCUACAUUCCGGUGUCCAUUUUGUGGACCAUUCAGAUUUCCGUUUUCCAGUACCUUCUAAUGAUCACCGGAUUCCUACCCGCUUGGGGCCUGGUCUGCGUCCUGCUACCGGCCAUCAAGCAGUCGAAAUUCUCCUUCCUGAUUCAGGUUGCCGUUGCCGGCAUGCACCUGGUGCUGGCCCUGGCCCUGAUGCUGAUGUUUUUCCACCAUUCGGGAACGGCGGCCGCCGUGGAGGACUCCAAAGCGGCCGGAAUCCACGAGCAGGUCAAAACGACGGUCGCCGCCGUUUUGGCGCAUAAAAAUGCCACCAAUUAGAAGUUUUAAAAUGAGCGCACUCUUAAACUUGUCAUUUGACUGUGAAAUAUUGUAAUGUAGUUUAAUAAACGUGGAUAACAACAUGAAAA